AUGGAGCUUCCCUUUGUUACUCUCGACGUCUUCACAACCACUCGAUAUCGAGGAAAUCCCCUUGCCGUUGUCACGAUUCCCGCAGAUAGAAAUAUACCAGAGCCUACGCAAGAGCAAAAACAAAGAAUUGCCCUCGAAUUCAAUCUAUCCGAAACCGUUUUUAUCCACGAACCCCGUCCUGAUACCGAUGUCGACAGUGAUGUCACCCGCCGAGUGAUCGACAUUUUUACAGUCGACACAGAGAUCCCCUUUGCUGGGCACCCAACUAUCGGCGCCGCUGUCACCCUCAUCCCCCAUGGUGUUGAUACCGUCGUUACCAAGGCUGGCCCAAUUUCUCUCACCCAGACCCGCCCUGGUUAUAUCCAAGCUGCUAUCCCGCACAAUGUUCGUCGUCACAGCAAGACUCUUGCCGAUCUGUCUGCCCCGGUCGCUGCUCAAAUAUCCCAGGACCCUGCGAUACGCGAAUCCGAGCUCCAGGCCCCGCUAUUCAGUAUCGUCAAUGGCAUGACCUUUGCGCUCAUCAGACUCCCGGAUCUUGAGCAUCUGGCCAAAGUUGAGAUGAGCGGGGUAAACUUGUCUGUAGACCAACUUCUCGACGACGGCUGGCAAAACGGUCUCUUGCUAAAGUACUACUAUGUUGUCAAUGGUCAGCGUGAAGACGACGGCACAACAGUUUAUUCUAUCCGCUCGAGAAUGAUGGAAGCAUCCAUGGAAGAUCCUGCCACAGGCAGUGCCGCGAGCGCUCUCUCAAGCUACCUUUCGCUUCAACAGUCGAGCCUAGGUGAUCAUAGCUUCAGAUAUGAGAUUGACCAGGGUGUUGAGAUGGGCAGGGAGAGUAAUAUUGUAGUUGACGUUGAUGUAAAAGAGUCCAAGAUCUCCACGGUCAAGCUCUCAGGAACAGCUACUCCAGUAAUGCGAGGUCAUGUCACCAUCUAA